AUGACCGACUCGAGCUUCGCACAAGCCCAGCGCCGCGUCGCUGCGCGUCGACAAACCCGUGAGGCCGAAGCCGCUGCUCGCAUCGCUGCACAGCGACAAUCAUCUCGACCCAGAGCCAACCUCGAGCGCUUACCAUACCCCUUAAAUCGCAUCGGAUCUGCUUGGGAUGCCGUGUCCACAAGGGAGGGCACGCGCCCUGCAUUUCGAGUAGGACAAGUCGACGCCGAAUUGCUUGAUGUAGAGCUGUUGGACAUCCUGAAAGACCAGGUUUCUGAAGGCCUAAAGUAUUUUGGUGGAGGACAUCUGCACGAUGACUGGUCAGCUGAAAUUAUGUUGGCACUAAGAGCUGUCCUUUUUAAGCUCACUGUCUGGGAUCAUGAUGCGACAUACGGUGCGGCUCUUCAGAACCUCAAAUAUACCGACGCCAGGAAUGACGGACUUAUCUUGAAAGCGCCCUCAAAGGCGCAAAAGUCUGCUUACGGCCUGAUCACAGUCUUUGGAAAUUACGCCUGGAGGAGAUGGGAGGAUUGGCUUAUGGAACACGAUGAUGGCUACGACGAGCCGAGCCCUCGAGUGAAGCGACUCUCGAAAUUGACCUCUGCAGUGUCGACUGUCCACUCAGCAGCGGCUUGUGUCUCAUUUCUUGUUUUCCUACUGCACGGACGGUAUCGAACGCUUCUCGACAGAGUUCUAAGGAUGAGACUUGCGCCACCCACAAGCCAAGUAAGCCGAGAGGUUUCAUUCGAAUACCUCAACCGUCAGCUUGUUUGGCAUGCUUUCACCGAGUUUUUGCUUUUUGUGCUGCCUCUGAUCGGCAUCCAGAAAUGGCGACGCUGGCUCACCAGGACCUGGCGGAAGACCAAAGACAUUAUCAGGACUGGACCGCAGGAAGAGGGCAAGGCGAAUGGUGAAUAUGCAUUCCUUCCCGAGCGGACAUGCGCGAUUUGUUACCAGGACCAAAAUAACGCAACUUCGGAAAACGAAGUCAUGGCGGCGGCAGCAUCCAGUGGUGUUAUCGGUUCAGCACAGACAGAUAUCACGAACCCAUAUGAGACAAUUCCUUGUGGGUGUGUAUACUGUUUUGUAUGCUUGGCUACCCGGUUGGAGAGGGAAGAAGGCGAGGGCUGGACCUGUCUGCGAUGCGGUGAGCAUGUUAAAGAAUGCAAGCCCUGGAGUGGUGGGUUGGUAGAGCCGUCUGCGAAGCAUGCUUCAGCAAAGACAGUGGCUUUCUCAGACGAUAUCACUGGAGGCGUACUUGUAGAUGAACAAGAUGACCAGGAUGAGCAAGACGGGGAAUCAUUAGUAGAGAGCCUGAGCACGACAUCGGAGCAAGGCUAG